AUGGAUAAAUCCAAGACACGCCCCCUCAGAACCAUCCAUCUGAAAUCACGUCCGCUUACAUCACACGCCCUCUCGUGGUCCUGCGACGGCGAAUUAGCGGUCGCGACAGAUGACACCAUCUACAUCUUCAUCCCCGAGUACCCGAGAGGCGGCGGCCCCGACGACGCGGGGGAGGACGAGGAGCUCCAGAGCCAGUUUUCACUGUCCUACCGCGCCUCAGGCUUGAUCCGCCCAGAUCCGACCAUCAACGCACAGCUGUGCUCCUUCUCGGGCAUCAGAGUUGCAGGGCCGCCCGCAAAUGACGAGAAUUGGUUCCCGGGUGUGGGAAAUGGUCUGGUGACGGGCUCGGGGGCUUCUAUUUGCCAGAUUGUGAGGUUGGAGUGGUCGCCAAAUGGGCUAGGGUGCAACCUACGGCCAAUCCUGACGGCCUUGUCGACCAACGGGGGCGUGUAUGCACUGGGGGAGCACAUCGACAUGCAGUCCACCAUGGUUGCUGGGAUGCGAACCAGGAGCUUCAAGGCGUGGAAGACGCUUUGGGGCUUGGGGGCUCAGCUGCCGCUGCCAGAUGCGAGCGUGGAGGAUGGGUUUCGGAACAUGAAUGAGCGGAUCCAGUCGUUCUCCUGGGCGAAGGAGCUUGCUCCGGGAAGGGCACUUAUGGCAUAUUGCAACGACGCGGAAGAGGUGGCUAUCAUGAGCAUUCAGCUGUUUCCACGACCAAGGGAGGGAGAGCCGUCAAUUGAUGAGACGAUAUGGGACAUCCGUGAAGUUGGACGGUUCGAUGGAAGAGGGAAACAUACCAAGGAAGAUGCCAUGGAUAUCACAGACCCAGACUAUGUUCCUCACGGAAGCGCCUUUUCCCUAGACUGGAGCCCCUGGUUCCUCGUCGACGGCAAACGGGUAGCAAUCUUGGCGUAUCUUGCAAAGAACUACGUCGGGUUCCGAAGGAUCACGAUUGCCGGCGACUGGGAAAGGGGCCAGACGCCACAGGUUGAGGUUGAGCAGACGGAUAUGACGUCCAUCUGCAUGUUCCUCUCGACAGACGCCUACAUCAAGUGGGAAGAUCAGAUCGUAACUACAAUGGCCAGAGGCGUCAUCGCUACACCAUUUGAUGUGAAACCGUUCCAGGUUGCAGUUGAUGAGACCGCAAAGGAAGCUGCCGAGCCACACUACACAUGGGAGUGCGCAACGUCAUAUUCCAAGGAGGAUGAACAGACUUCACUAAAUCCUAUUUCUGGACUCAUGAUUCACGACCGAGAUGCUUCAAACGUGGGCUCCGUACCCUAUUACUCAAUAGUCAGGUUGUCGGCCACCGGAAAGAACCAAGACUGGUUUCAGACCAACCUCCCUGACGCAGAAGCCUCGCUCCCGCAGUGGGCUGCAAAGAUCAGGAAACACACGACAAGACUCAUCCCCAGAGCCAUGGCGCUGGAAGGCUUGGACUCUGAUUCGGACGACUCUGAAUAUGACAUGAUGGAGGAAGACAGCUCGCAGCUACAAGUCCACGAGUCACGAUAUCGUAUCUGGGGCAUGGCAUCCUCACCUGGGGGCAGCGUGACGGCAGUACUCGUGUCACGGUACAGCACACAACAUCCAGAACGUCGGGCCCUCUGCAAGGUCAUGUUCUCAAGGGAUGAACAGGUUCAACAGAAUGGGAUCAUGCCAUCUGUGAGACCGCUCACGACCGAGGGACAGGUCUGGGAGUGGAUGUACGGCAACAGACCCGAGGUGGCCGGAACCACAGCGGAGAGCAAGAUAUCGCAGGAGUUGCACAACUCGCCGCUUAGAGAGCAGUUCAGGAGUGUUGCGUCAAGACAGCACUGUGUCUUUUGUGACGCAGGUCUGCAGAUGGGGGGAGAUGAAGCAAAGUGCGAGAACGGGCACAUGUUUGCACGGUGUGCCUCUACGGGGCUGGCCAUCAUGGCUCCGGAUAUCUCGCGUAUCUGCGCCGUGUGCGAAUUGCGGUGCCUGAAGGUGACAGAGCUGACGCGAAUAGCUGAGGAGCAUCUUGGGGCUGGAACGAUGGUUGAAUCAUCAGGCGAAGUUUGCGGUGGGUGUGGAGGAAAGUUUGUCGCCUAG